GCGGUAGAUAGGCGGGCGGGCGGCCGACUAGUUCUGGCUAGGACACGUGACGGGGGAGUCGGGGCUGUGGACGGCGGCUGCGGGGGGCGCGCGGCGAGUAUGUAACUGGGACCUUAGCCCUUGUUCAACAUUGGAUAUGCCCUCAUACAAACCGUGGAUUAAAGCAGAUGCUUUCUAUCUUGCUCCUGGCCAAUCAUUCUGAAAAGAACAAACUUUCCCAUUCAGAGUUGAGAGGGAGUUCUCUGGACUGUACAACAAGAAAUGCUGCAGACCAUGGAACUAAAGUGGCUGCUGUGUGCGACAUUGCUGAUACUUGGAUUAGUUGAUGUCCAGACACAUGAUGAGGAAGAUGACCAUGGUGAUGAUGUAAUUGAUAUUGAGGAUGACUUGGAAGAUGGUGUUGAGGAGGUAGAAGAGACAAAGCCUGAAGCCAGCAGCCCUCCUCCAUCCCCAAAGGUUACCUAUAAGCCCCCAGUACCAACAGGAGAGGUUUAUUUUGUGGAAAACUUUGAUAAGGGAACCCUGGAAGGAUGGGUUCUUUCCAAGGCCAAGAAGGAUGACACAGAUGAUGAAAUUGCAAAAUAUGAUGGUAAAUGGGAAGUAGAGGAAAUGAAGGACACUAAACUUCCAGGGGACAAAGGACUUGUACUGGUUUCCCGGGCCAAGCAUCAUGCGAUCUCUGCCAAACUGACAAAACCCUUCAUAUUUAAUACCAAACCCCUCAUUGUACAGUAUGAAGUGAAUUUCCAAAAUGGGAUUGAGUGUGGCGGUGCCUAUGUGAAGCUGCUUUCUAAAACCACCGAACUGAACCUGGAUCAGUUUCAUGACAAAACUGCCUACACAAUCAUGUUUGGUCCUGAUAAAUGUGGAGAAGAUUAUAAAUUACACUUCAUCUUUCGGCACAAGAACCCCAAAACCGGCAAAUACGAAGAGAAGCAUGCAAAGCGUCCAGAUGCAGAUCUGAAGACCUACUUUACUGAUAAGAAGACCCACCUCUAUACUCUGGUCUUGAAUCCUGAUAAUAGUUUUGAAAUCCUGGUUGAUCAGACUGUGGUGAAUAGUGGGAAUCUCCUAAAUGAUGUGACUCCUGCUGUGAAUCCACCCCGAGAGAUUGAGGACCCAGAUGACCAGAAACCAGAGGACUGGGACGAGAGACCCAAGAUCCCAGAUCCAGAUGCUGUUAAACCAGAGGAUUGGGAUGAGGAUGCUCCUGCAAAGAUUUCAGAUGAUGAUGCUGUGAAGCCAGAAGGUUGGCUGGAUGAUGAGCCAGAAUAUGUAGCUGAUCCUGAUGCAGAGAAACCAGAGGACUGGGAUGAGGAUAUGGACGGAGAAUGGGAGGCACCUCAGAUUGCAAAUCCCAAAUGUGAGUCAGCCCCUGGCUGUGGUACCUGGCAACGACCUAUGAUCGACAAUCCCAACUACAAAGGCAAAUGGAAGCCUCCUAUGAUUGAUAACCCCAACUACCAGGGAAUCUGGAAGCCCAGGAAGAUCCCAAACCCAGAUUUCUUUGAAGAUCUAGAACCUUUCAAAAUGACUCCCUUCACUGCUGUGGGCCUUGAACUAUGGUCAAUGACCUCUGACAUCUUCUUUGACAACUUUAUCAUCUGUACAGACCGAGUUGUGGCAGAAGAUUGGGCCAAUGAUGGUUGGGGUCUAAAAAAGGCAGCUGAUGGUGCUGCUGAGCCUGGUGUUGUGGGCCAGAUGAUGGCAGCUGCUGAAGAGCGUCCCUGGCUGUGGGUAGUGUACAUCCUAACUGUGGCUCUUCCUGUGUUCCUUGUUGUCCUCUUCUGCUGUUCUGGAAAGAAACAGCCAAGCGCUGCAGAGUACAAAAAGACUGAUGCUCCUCAACCUGAUGUGAAUGAGGAGAAAGAGGAGGGAAAAGACAAGGCAGAUGAAGAGGAGGAAGAGGAGGAGGAAGCGGAAUCAAAUGAAGACAAGCAGGAAGAGAAGCAAAAGAGUGAUGCUGAUGUUGGAAGUGCUAGUCAAGAGGAGGAGGAGGAGGAGGAGGAGGAAGAGGAAGACGAUGGAAAACCCACAUCAGAGGAGGAAGAAAGCAUGAAUAGAUUGAAAAAAUCAUAAGAACUUCAUCUAUGAUUAUAGUUUCCCCCAACAUGGUUCUGGGAGAGGACCUUGGAUACCUUAUGUUGAAACUCAGACAAACCUCAAGACUUCACCAUCCGCAGGUUCCAGUCACACUAUCCAAUGUAACUGAGUGUCUAGCAGUAAAAUAUUUUCAAUCAUCUGUUAAAAAAGAACACCAUUCCUGUAGAAAGAUGCAUUUAAUGUAAUGGGCUGUGGAUUUUGGAAUGUAACAAAACUAACCUUUUAUUUUUGUUUUUAAAUAGAUUGGUAGAACUUUGCCAGUCUCUCAACCUUAGCUUAAUUUAAUGUAUUAAUCGAUCAAUGAAAAAUAACAAAUCUAGAAAAAUGCUAGUUGAUGAAAUGCAGUUUUUAUAACUUUUUUUUUUUAUAAACAUGGAAAUUACUGGCAAUGCCUGUAUAUCCCUUAAAUUUGGUCAUCAUGUUAGCUGUCAGUGGCUACAGUGACUUUUUUUUUUUUUAAACCCUCUCAAAUAAGGAAAUUAGGGAUGGGAAGGAAGUUAAAGUCCAAGAAACUAUCUAACUAAGAUGUGUUAAUAUUCCCAAGAAAGCCCUCUCAUUUACUUGUUGAGGGAGAAGCAUAGGUAGGCAAUGAAAUAAGCACGUUGCCCAUGGCUGUUGCCCAGUUAAGUGUUCACAAUUGGCUUAAUUGGCAGGGGUAGGUUUAACUAUGGUACUUAGUCUUGCAACACUCAGAGGCCGGAUAUCUGAUUUCUUUAGUUCUUGAGCUCUUCACAGAAGGCAGUGGUGGUUCGUUUUUUUUUUUGUUUUUUUUUUAAUACUUUUCCCUUCCUCCGGCCCUAGCUUUCUCUGCUACUAUGCAGCUUCUUCAGAGUGUAGGUUGGCCUCCAUUGCUGAAAACUGCUUUAUGCUUGGCUCACUAUCAAACUUUUAUAGGUGUGGGGUUUUUUUGGGGGGGCAAAAAGGUGUUUUUGUUUUUUAAGCUACACCUACUUCUUUCCAGGGUCCAAACACUGGAUACGACAGUGUCCCUAAUCUCCUUAUUGUUGCCCUGUAUGUAAACUCCUGCAUAGAGACAGGGAGGUGAGAAAAGAAUAGACAAGUAGACCUAAAGACUCAUAUCAGAAGCAAAGAUGUCAGUAUUUGUAGAUGGGGAAGGAGCACAUGGAAUAACCUACUUGGUAUGUGUAACCAUUUGAGUCUUUCAUCUGCUUUUCAUGUAACAGUUGCAUUCUAAAUUAUAUUGUGAAUAUAGGGGGUUCCAAAUCCAGUUAAAUAAAUUUUUUUUAAAAAUGUCACGUCUAGUAUAUUAUACUGUUGUUCUAAAGGUUUUUUUUGUUUCUUUGUGGAAUGCAAAUGACCACCACCAGAGCAUACCUCAAAGAUGGUAAACUCUAAUGCUUUCAUUAGUGUACCAAAAUGUAUUAAAGAGGGAAGGUUAAUGUCUACAUAGACUAGCUUUUUGCCCUCUUUGUUCAAAAUAACUUUAAAUGUCCUAAAUUGCUCUCCUUGCACUGAAUAGAAACACUCCAUGUUCCAUUUGUAUUUUUGUUUAGGGUAGGGGGUAGAAGGUGAAGAACAAUUCUAGGAAAAAAAAAUUACCCCAGUUUUUUAAAACCAUCUUAGCAAUGUCUAACAUUUAAAAACAAAAACUCUCUGGCUGCCUGUCCUUAACCAAGAGAGUUGGUGGGGUUUUUUUGUUUUGUUUUAAUACCAGUGACCGUAAAUGCAUAGCAGGAUUGCUUGACUACUCUGUAGUGUGCAAAUAGAACAUGGUAAGUUUAGACUUCUGUUUAGAACUUACUUCUAGAUAUGGGACAUCUCUUCACUUUUUAAACACCUCAUCUUACCCUCUCCAAAAUAGCUUCUGCCUUGCUGGUGGAAGCUGUCAUAUUUUAUAGGCACUGUUUUUAAUUUAAUUCUUCUUGGCUCUCAAGAUAGCUUUUAUAGAGGAGCGGUACUACUCAUGACUUAGUCCCUCCCAGAUAAAAAUAGGUGUAGAUAGGUUUGCCAAUUCAUAGAUGGCCUCUGGUGUUCAGCUACCAUCUUGGGCACAAUUUACAAACCUAUUUUAAUGCAAGUCACUUAAUGCUGUUUUUAUCUUCAUGUACAAAUUGCCUUAAUUUCCAUUACCUUUCUCCUAUACAUACCCUCUCUUCCAAACACUACUAGAAGUGAAAUUCUGAAAUGCUUUUCAGACAUC